AUGGUCUUCUCUGGGCUACUCGGCACCUCGAGCGAUCGUGCCAGCAGGGUGAAGUCCCCGUCACCAGCUCCAAGCAACAGGACUGCCCGAAGCAACUCCUCGUCCAUCCAUGAGCCUGUCCUCGAGUACAUUUCCGACGAAGCCCAUCUCCCUCUCCCGGAUCCCGAGGAGCCAGAUCUACGCGAGCUCAACAAUAGUCUUGAGGCGUUGGCCGCCGUCUUUCCCGAUGUGCAGGUCGAGGUGUUCCGAGAGAUGCUCGCCAGCUUCGACGGCGAGUCGAGGCUCGCUGUUGUCGCCGACGCACUGCUGAAGAACCGUGUCACUUGGGUCAAAGGUCGCUGGAGGGUCGCAGAGAAGGCAAAAGAGGAUGCAGCUCGUGCAACCUCUGUAGUCAUCUCGCAGUCGACAGAUCAGCGCCUGGUAUCGCGGACCGACGCGUUUCGGAGUUGCGAGUACAAGAAGGCUGCAAAGACGCUGGCGUGGCACGAGUUCAGGGGUCUUACUCGAUCUACAAUCAACGCGGUCCUAGCCGAACACAACUAUUCUUACCUUGAAGCACGGCGCACCCUCGUUGAUCUUUCCUCGAAGUCUUGGCGGUUCACGAUAUCAUCGCUGUUCCUCAGGCGUAAGCCUGUCACAUCGAAGGAGGCGGAGAACCACCCUUUGGUGACAUGGAGGUCGUCUGGGCAAGGCUCCAUCUACCCUUCGAUCAGGUCAACCGGAAACGCGGAAUUGGAUAGGGAACUUUUCAACGAACUCAUUCUCCCUUUGCAAGAAAGAGCGAGGAUAACACAGGAGGAGAAGGACCAUACCUUGGCGAUGACGAUGAACACGGCUGAAGCAGAGGAAUUCGAUUUCACAUACGAAUGCUCCUGCUGCUUCACGACUUCAACGUUCGAGGAGUUCACAACAUGCAAUAGUGAGGGGCACAUGAUUUGCUUCCGUUGCGUACAGCACUCCAUUACCGAGGCAGUCUUUGGCCAAGGCUGGCACCGAAGCAUCGACAAGGAGAGCGGCACCCUCAGAUGCCCAGCCGUUGCAUCUGAAGAGUGCAAAGGCUGCAUUCCGUCUGACCACAUUCAUCGUGCAAUGCUGGAAGAGAAAAGAGGAGCCGAAAUUCUUCAUAAGCUUGACCAGCGCUUGGCGGAGCACAGCCUGCUCUCCUCCAAUCUACCCCUGGUCCGCUGCCCGUUCUGUGACUACGCUGAAGUUGAUGAUAUCUACCUCCCAUCUGCAGAAUCCCGUCUGCGAGUCCGUGCAGACAAUCUUCCGAAUAUCGUCCUCACGAUACUCUUCAUCGGCUGCAUUCCCUUCAUACUCCCUUUUAUUGUCUUUUCAUCAAUCGUCGCCCUUCUCUUGGCCUCCAAACAGACACUAGGUGACUUCCUAAUUGCCGAGUUCAAGGCCUCGAUUACCCGACAUCGACGGCGCCGUCGAGGCAUGAAAUUCACGUGCCAAUCGCCGUCUUGCCGGCGCCCUUCCUGCCUCUCCUGCCAGAAGGCGUGGACUGACAUCCACGUGUGUCACGAGUCGUCGCUCGUGGCGCUGCGCACGCAGGUCGAGCAAGCCAUGAGCUUAGCCAUCAAGCGAGUGUGCCCGCGCUGCAAUACCAGUUUCGUCAAAACGGCCGGCUGCAACAAGCUGACGUGCCCCUGCGGCUACAAGAUGUGCUACGUGUGUCGCAAGGACAUUGGCGGCACCGGCGACGGCGACGAUGUCGGCUACCGCCACUUCUGCGACCACUUCCGCCCGGAGGGCGACCCGCGCCCCUGCACCCAGUGCAAGAAGUGCAACCUGUGGGAGAGCGAGAACACAGACGCCGUGCUGCGCCAGGCCAAGGAGGAGGCCGAGCGCAAGUGGCGUGAGAUGGAGCGCCGCGAGCUCAGCGGCGCCGAGCGCGCGUUCCUCGAGACCGGCGUUGCCGUGCAGAAGCGCGACAUGGGCAUCGAGACGGCGCUGUACCGGGGCAGGCUGCCCAGCGUGGCGGACGUCUGUGACUUUGUGGUGGAGAACGUCUUUGCGUAG